UCCGAGCACCGACUCGUGACCUUCGACUUGAAAAAUCUUACUUCAGCCACCUCCGACUGAAUUGCCUUCCUUCUAUUUGGCCUUAGUAGGGAGACUGCUACUAAUGUUGAUGGCGCUGUUGCGAAUCAUGCGUACCGCGAUUCCAAUCACUUCUCGUCCCUUGGACCUAGUAUACUUCGCCUUCUUCCUGGUUCAUAUACCCGCAACUCUGCUUAUUGAUCUCCAAGCUUUGUAUCCUCCUUCGUUAACACCGUAUUUCAUACGCGCUCUUCCACAAUUAUAUGUCCAGAUAUCGAACGACCCGUUGAUUGGAAGCGUCUUGGGCAUGUUGGGAGAUAGCAAGCCUUUCGUUUGGUUCAAGACCUUCCUUGUCGUUGAAGCUAUUUUUCAACUUCCUGUCUUCAUUCUCGGAGCAAGAGGCCUUUGGCGAGAUUCGCAAUCUAUCUAUGUGCUUCUCCUCAUAUAUGCCGCGUCUACCACAACCACGACUUUACCAUGCUUGUCUGUCUUGCUGACGACGCCUAUAACGAGUGCGCUGACCAUAGCUGACAAUGUAGUCUCUGUAACAACUUUUCAACGCUCCCUGUUGUUAUUAAGUUACAUUCCGUUCUUCGUCAUACCCUUCAUAAUGACGAUCGAUAUGGCCUAUCGCCUGUCCAAACUGGUGACUACGGGGAUAGACGCUGCUAAUGACAAGAAGUCGUCAUAAUCUUUUCUUUCAACCUAGGACCUUUGCAUUCUUCUUUUUCCAAAUUUCAGUGGCAUCGGUCCACCAUCGAAUAUAUUUGAAGCCUGAAUUUACAAUAUUUUUACAAUAAGCUAUGGUUGAACAUUACCAUUCAACAAUCUUAUAGAUUCUUAGAAAGGCAACUUCCCUCGCGUCAUUCACGUGAUCAAAUUUCUGAACCUCAGGCUCUGGCUUGG